AAACUACAAUGGGCAUCGAAAUGAAAGAGGGAUCCACUCAAAAUAAGGAACUUGUGGAAUCAUUUAGCAUCAUGAUGGAGAGGAUUGCCAAUGAUGCAGCGUGCUCAACAAUGGGCCUUGGUUUCUUAGCGCGCACACCCAGUUAUUAUAAGGCAUUGCGUCAUCUACGAAAUUUUAUGAACAAGCUAAUAGAAAAGAAUGCAAACAACAAUAUUAGUUCCAGUAGCAGUGAACCUUGGGCGAAAGGCGAAGAAGCGAUGAACUCAUUUUUAGACACGGCCUUGAAUUAUUACUGUCGAGGGCAUUUGAAAAAAGAAGAUGUUAUCAUCGAAUCUAUUGGCUUGAUUGGCGCGUCAUUUGAAACAGUGGCCACGGCCAUAUAUUCGGUUUUGGUUAUGUUAGCUAUGCAUCCGGAUGUACAGGAAAAUCUUUUUCGUGAAACCUAUGCGCUAUUUCCUCAAAAGAACAUUGAAGUUACAUAUGAUCACCUGAAACAGGCGCCUUACCUGGACAUGGUAGUGGCCGAAACAUUACGCCUUAUGCCGUCCAUACCAAUUAUCGGACGGCAAGCAAUACGCAAAGCCAGAUUAACGUCGGAGAUAGAUUUAUCACCGAAUAUGCAAGUGAUAGUGCCUAUUUUUAGCUUGCAUCGCUCUAAAACCUGGUGGGGGCAACAGGCUCAUCUUUUCAAUCCUAAUAACUUCACGCCUGAAAAUAUUGCUAAACGGAAUCCGUAUGUAUACAUGCCGUUCUCGAAGGGCGCAAGAAAUUGUAUAGGAUGGCGUUACGCAGAAAUCGCAGUAAGGGUUUCAGUUAUGGUGCUUGUGUGGAACUUAAAAUUCUCUACGUCAUUCAAAUAUGAAGAUUUACAUUUUGUCGACCAUAUAAGCUUAUGCUAUGAUGUGGAGCCAAAAUUACAGGUAGAAUUAAGGAAAAAAUAAUCGGCCUCAACGCUAAUUCCAUGUGAAAAAAUAUUCCGUAAAAAUAUUAAUCAUUAUAUAAACAACUUUUCCCUUUUGUUUUCGAUUCGGGAACUAGUUAUUCACAUGCAGUUGGCAAGGCUGAAUAAUUCUUUGUA